UAUAUAUAUAUAAUCACACACGACGAGAUAGAAAGAGUCUAGCGGGUUCUCUUUGCAGACUGUAUUAGACUUACUGAUCGAUCCGCCCAAAGGAAACUCUUCCAGGACUCGGAACGAAAACGCAGAAGAUGGAGGACCCGUUGCAGCUGAAGGAGGAAGGCAACGGGCACUUUGCCUCGGGCGACGUGGAGAGCGCCCUCCGCUGCUACUCGCAGGCGCUCAAGCGCGGGCCCGAUCCCGCCCUCCGGGGCCUCCUCUUCCGCAACCGGGCCGCCUGCUUCCUCAAAAAGGAGAACUACGUCCAAGCGGCGUCCGAUGCGUCCCGAGCGCUGGACGUGGACCCCUCGGACCUGAAGGCGCUCUUCCGCCGGAGCCAGGCGCUGGAGCACUUGGGCAAGCUGGACCAGGCCUUCAAGGACCUCCAGCGCUGCGCCGCCAUCCAGCCACGCAACACGGCCUUCCAGGAGAACCUGCGACGACUCGGGAGCAACAUCCAGGAGAAGUUGCGGAUCCAGUUCUCCACCGACGCCCGGGUCCAGAAAAUGUUUGAGAUCCUUCUGGACGAGAACAGCGAGAAGGAGAAGCGGGAGAAGGCGGCGAACAACCUGGUUGUCCUGGGCCGGGAGGACGCGGGGGCGGAAAGAAUAUUCCAGAACAACGGCCUGCAUCUGUUGCUGAAGCUGAUCGAGACCAAACACCCGGAGAUGAUCCUGGCGGCCGUGCGGACGCUCUCGGGGAUGUGCUGCGGACACAAGGCCCGGGCCACGGCGGUCCUCCACGGACUCGGGAUCGACCAGAUCUGCCUCUGGAUGUCCAUCGACCACGAGGAGAUCUCCUUGGCGGUGGCCAACCUCCUGCAGGCCAUCAUCGACUCCCUCACCGGGGGCGGCAAGAGGGACGACCACGGCAAGGAGGGCGCCCUCGUCCUGGACCCCAAGAAGGACCUGCGGGCCGUGACGGUCCACCUCCUGGACCUGCUGCCCAGCAAGAAGGUCUCCGGGCGAGGCCGCGACCGGGCCCUCAACCUGCUCAACAAGAACGUCCCCCGCGAGGACCAGAGGGACCACGACAACAGCCGCAGCCUCUUCGUCAUCGACCACGGCCUCAAAAAGAUCCUGAAGGUGGCCGGUCAGAUCCCCGACUUGCCCGACUGCCUCCCGCUGACCGAGAACACCCAGCUGAUGGCCUCGGUCCUCCUCAACCGGCUCUACGACGACCUGCGCUCCGACCCGGAAAGGGACAACUUCCGCCUGAUCUGUGAGGAUUACAUCAAGGGCAAGAUCGACCCGCAGGACAUGGACAAGACCCUCCACGCCAUCCAGACGGUCUCGGGCGUCCUGCAGGGGCCCUUCGACCUGGGCAACAAGCUUCUGGGCAUGAAGGGGGUGAUGGAGAUGAUGGUGGCGCUGUGUGGCUCGGAGCGGGAGGUGGACCAGCUGGUGGCCGUGGAGGCCCUCAUCCACGCGUGCACCAAGCUCAGCCGGGCCACCUUCGUCAUCACCAACGGCAUCUCCCUCCUCAAGGACAUCUACAAGAAGACCCAGAACGAGAAGAUCAAGAUCCGGGCCCUGGUGGGCCUUUGCAAGCUGGGAUCCGCCGGCGGGACCGACUACGGACUCCGGCAGUUCGCAGAAGGCUCGACGGAGAAGCUGGCCCGGCAGUGCCGGAAGUGGCUGUGCAACCCGGCCAUCGACACCCGGACCCGGAAGUGGGCCAUCGAGGGCCUGGCCUACCUGACCCUGGACGCCGACGUCAAGGACGACUUCGUGGAGGACGAGCCCGCCUUGCAAGCCAUGUUCGAACUCGCCAAGUCCACCGACAAGACCAUCCUCUACUCGGUGGCCACCGUCCUGGUCAAUUGCACCAACAGCUACGAUGUCAAGGAGAUCAUCCCCGAACUGGUCCAACUGGCCAAGUUUUCCAAGCAGCAUGUCCCGGAAGAGCAUCCCAAGGACAAGAAGGACUUUGUGGUCCAGCGGGUCAAGCGGCUGCUCAAGGCCGGCGUGACCUCGGCCCUGGUCUGCAUGGUCAAGGCCGACAGCGCCAUCCUCACCGACCAGACCAAAGAGCUCUUGGCCAGAGUCUUCCUCGCCCUCUGUGAGGACACCAAGGACCGGGGCGCCAUCGUGGCGCAAGGAGGCGGGAAGGCCCUGAUCCCGCUGGCGCUGGAGGGCACCGAGGCCGGCAAGGUCAAGGCCUCCCACGCUCUGGCCAAGAUGGCCGCCGUCUCCAACCCGGACAUCGCCUUCCCCGGCGAGCGGGUCUACGAGGUGGUGCGGCCACUGGUCAGCCUCCUCAACACCGAGAGGGACGGGCUCCAGAACUACGAGGCCCUCCUGGCCCUCACCAACUUCUCCGGGAGGAGCGACAAGCUCAGGGCCAAGAUCGUGAAGGAGAAGGCCCUCCCGGACAUCGAGAACUACAUGUUCGAGAACCACGACCAGCUCCGGCAGGCGGCCACCGAAUGCAUGUGCAACAUGGUGGUCAACAAAGAGGUGCAGGAGCGCUUCCUGGCCGAAGGCAAUGACCGUUUGAAGCUGCUGGUCCUCCUCUGCGGGGAAGACGACCCCCGGGUCCAGAACGCGGCGGCCGGAGCCCUGGCCAUGCUGACCGCCGCCGACAAGCGCUUCUGCCACAAGCUCACCCAAGUGACGACGCAGUGGCUGGAGAUCCUGCAGCGGCUGUGCCUGCACGACCGGGCGGAGGUGCAGCAGCGGGGCCUGGUGGUGGUGCACAACCUGAUGCAGGCGGACGCGGGCCUGGCCAAGACGCUGAUGGGCAGCGAGAUGCUGGAGAUCCUGACCGUCAUCGGGAAGCAGGAGGACGAGCCCCGCGCGCAGACCCUCCUGGACCUGGCCCGGGCCUCGCUGGUCAAGGCCAUGGACUAUGGCCUCAUCAAGCCCACCGCCCCCCGCUCAUAGGCCCCCUUCCCCAACACCUCCCUUCCGCCGGGCUUGCACAUUGACCGUUUGAAAGAGUUACGCAAUACAUUGAUGUAUUAUUAGGAUUAUUAUUAGAGUCAUAAAAUUGGAA